CCCAACAACAGAAACGCCGCAGAGAGAGAGAGAGGCUACCAUCUUCGGGAACCCAUGAAAGAUUUCGAAAGUUAGGCCCCUCUUUUUGGCAAUGUCACUCCUCAAUUCAUUGUUCAACAGGGGCCUUCUUGGCGCAAAAUGCAAGACUUGCUUGAAUCUGGCCAUCUCAAGAAUCAAGUUGCUUCGAAACAAGAGAGAGGUGCAGCUGAAAAAGAUGCGCCAGGAGAUUGCGCAAUUUCUCCAGACUGGCCAAGAAGCCAUUGCCCGAAUACGGGUGGAGCAUAUUAUACGCGAACAGAACAUUUUGGCUGCCUAUGAGAUCUUAGAGCUUUUCUGUGAAUUCGUUCUCGCACGGGUUCCUAUCCUUGAAAGCCAGAGGGAGUGUCCCACAGAAUUGCAGGAAGCUAUUGCCAGCAUAAUCUUUGCUGCCCCCAGGUGUUCAGAUUUGCCGGAGUUGGUGCAGAUACGGAAUUUAUUCACUACAAAAUAUGGAAAGGAGUUCAUUUUGGCUGCUUCUGAGCUUCGGCCAGAUAGUAGUGUCAAUCGUGCUGUAAUUGAGAAACUUUCAGUUAAAGCUCCAUUGGCAAAUGAGAAGCUUAGACUUUUGAAGGAAAUUGCUAAUGAGUACAACCUGGAAUGGGACUCUUCAAGCACUGAAGAAGAAUUCAGUAAAAAGCAUGAAGAUUUGCUGGAUGGAUCACCAAAGGUAUGCAGUAGAGCUUCAGAUUCACAAGCACCUGCCACGGAGAACCCCGUUAGCAUAUCUCCAGUUAUGGUGGGAAAUCCCGUUAGACCCACAAACCAGAAUGUAGGAAUUCAACAAGUUCAGGGCCCCACCUCAGUGGCUCAAGCAGUUCCGCCCAGGAGCAACCCUUCUUCAGCAGGCCUUGAUAGAACUGAAUGUCCCAUUACAGAUCACAGGAGUGGACUACAGGGCGGUCAGAAAACGGAAAUCAGCUCGAGCACGAGUGAUGUCUUGGAGAGAGCUCGAGCUGCCAUUGCCUCGGCAGAGCGUGCAUCAGCUGCUGCCCGUGCAGCUGCUGAGCUUGUGAAUGUUAGAGUGGGCCGUCAACCCCAGAACUGCAGUCUUUCCAGCUCGCAGGCAGAUGGGAGCAGAUCUUUUACAAAUGGCAGGUGAUGAAGUUAUGGUCUUUGAUAUGGUGAUUUGGCAAUUUAAAUGUAUGGUGUGCAUGGUAUCUUGGACUUCAUAUGUAUGGGGUAUGAGCUUUGGAGAGAGUAUGUGUUUGUGAUUCAAUGGUUGCGAUGUUGAGUGUGGUCGCUGGCCCAUGCAUCAUAUGAAAAAUAAAAGAAGAUCAUACAGUAAUUACUUGUA